CAACCAAACGCAAGUAUGAACGACGCGAAAUUUUCCGCCAGUGAAGCAUGGAGCGGAACUACGCCGUUAUUUGCACUCGACGCAAGGAACAAGAGCAGCGCUGAUUGCGCUCUUGAUCGCUGGACGCAGGUGCACCACCUAGCCACCGUUGCGGCGACGCCAUCCUUCGUGGCUGCUGCACCGACGUUCGUGGCCGCACCUCUGAGGAAGGUUCCCGUGCACCACUCUCUCUACCCAAUCGGCGAGAUAUCGGCGAGACACGGCCCCAUUGAGCAGGCGUAUUCCCAGCAGGUUCCAGUGCUUCGCAGGCCGUCGUUCCGGCGCCUGGCCGCGCGACCGGCCGCUGCCGUGCCCGUCCUGACUCCCGUGGUGGCCUCUCAGGGAGCGUCCCCAGUCGUCGUCGAGUAUGGAGGCAACCGCGGCACCGUCGCAAGAAGCGCGAGCGGUGGCAGUGCCAGCGCAGGUCCCUCCCGCACCGUCAAGAAGGUGCGCCGCCGCAAGCCCGCCGAGUUCUUCAAGAAGUCCAUCAUCAACAAGCAGCGCCCCAAGACUCAAGGGCCUCGCGUCCGCGUCGUUCAGGCCACAAAGGACGGAGGCUACAGAACCAUCGAAGUGCCCGUUUACAAGGACUAAGCGCGCUGCCCCCCCCCCCCCUAACUUAUCGUCCCGUGCGUUUCAAAGGCCACCGAUAUAGAUGUGAAGUGUUAGGUUUCCGCAGUUGGCUUGGUGCGCUGG